CCCAUCUGCCUCUUAAGUGGUGGAGCUGCCAACCCCAGCGCUCCAUUACAUCCCGAGACCUGGUGGGAUCACCGGUGACCUUUUGUCGCUCCCGUUUUCCUCCCUCCCUAUCCCUCUCCUCCCCCUUUUCUUAAACAGCCCCCCCACCCCCACCGCCCCCUUGCUCCUGCGUAUCUCCCGGGCCCCAAGCUUAUCACUCAAAACCCGCUGCAGGGAGCAACACGGCAGCUGGCAAAGGAUGAAGCAGGUCCGCCCGCCAACCCCAGACAGAGGCUAGAAGACACAAAGGGAGGGAGAGAGAGAGAGAGAGAGAGAGAGAGAGACGGCGAGAGACCUAGGGGGACGGCGAGCAGCGAGGAGCCGCGGCGAGAAAAGAGGCCGGCGAGAGAAAGCGUUCAAGAUGCCACGGCGAAGGAGGAGCACAAGUUUCACGGGCGCGUCAUGAGCUCAGCGGAGGGCCCCAAACCCCGGCCCCCAGCCCCCAUCUAGAACUCACCGUUGUCACCCGAUAUGCCUCUCUGAGAAGCAGCAGCCAUGCCAGCCAAGGGGAAGUACCUGCUGAACGACCAGGAGCUGAAGAACGAGGCGCUGUACCGCAAGUUCUCCUGCAUCAGCCAGUACCAGCCGCUGGUGCUGCUGCUGGGCCUCUCCAUGCUCUCCUGCGCCGCCCUCCUCGUCCUCUUCUUCGCCCUGCAACUGAGCGCGAAGGAACACUGUGCCUUUGUGAGCGUGGUGAGCUGCAGCCUGUGCGUGUUCCUGGCCGUGUUCAUGCUGGUGUGCACGGAGAUGCUCUCGCAGCGAUGGAGGCGUCUGCUGGGCCUGAUUGUGUGGGCGACGCACCUCACCAUGGGCUACACCUUCAUCUUCAGCGGCCCCAUCAUCCUGCCGUGGGACCAGGUGCCUUUCUUCCUCUUCAUCAUCUUCACCGUGUACACCAUGCUGCCGUUCCAGCUGUGGUACGCCGUGGCGCUGAGCAUCAUCUCCUCGUUGUCGCACGUCGUGGUCCUCACAGUGCGCCUCACCAUUUACGACGAUAACCACCCUCCUGACCUUGCCAAACAGCUGCUGUCCAAUGCCCUGGUGUUCCUGUGUGGCUGCGGGGUGGGAGCCUUCCACAAGGUCCUGAUGGAGAAAACCCUGAGGCAGACCUUUCAAGACACCUUGAGGUGCCUGAGUAUGCGGAUGAAGCUGGAGAUAGAAAAAAGACAACAGGAGAACCUGCUGCAAUCUGUGCUUCCAGUCUACAUCUCCAUGAAGAUGAAGCUUGCGAUCAUGGAGCGCUUGCAAGACUGUAAAGACAAAGAAGAACAACAGCGACUGGUCAAAGACAACAACUUCCACAGUCUUUACGUCAAGCGGCACGAGAACGUCAGUAUUCUAUACGCCGACAUUGUGGGCUUCACCCGACUGGCCAGCGACUGUUCCCCCAAAGAACUCGUGAUUAUGCUCAAUGAGCUGUUUGGAAAAUUCGACCAAAUCGCCAAGGAAAACGAGUGCAUGAGAAUCAAGAUCCUCGGGGAUUGCUACUACUGCGUGUCAGGGCUGCCCGUCUCUCUGCCGAAACACGCCAAGAACUGCGUCAAGAUGGGGCUGGACAUGUGCGAAGCCAUCAAGCAGGUACGGGAGGCCACAGGGGUGGACAUCAACAUGAGAGUGGGCGUGCACUCGGGCAACGUGCUCUGCGGCGUCAUCGGCCUUCGCAAGUGGCAGUUUGACGUCUGGUCACAUGACGUCACGCUGGCCAAUCACAUGGAGUCCGGGGGCCUUCCGGGACGUGUCCACAUCACAGAGGCCACUCUGAAGCACCUGAAUAAGGCUUACGAAGUGGAAGACGGCAACGGCCACCUCAGGGACCCCUACCUGAAGGAGCUCAACGUCCAAACCCACCUGGUCAUUGAUCCUCGGUCCAAGGAUCCGACGUCCAACAGCCGCAACGCGCCCAAACCUCGGGUGAAUGACGGUCUGAAGAUGAGGGCGUCGGUGCGUAUGACCCGUUACCUGGAGUCCUGGGGCGCCGUCAAACCCUUUGCUCACCUUCAGAGUCGAGAGGGCUUCAUCGCGGACGCCAUCGCCAACGGAAAGUCCCGCUCCAAGGACAUCCCUCUGCGACCAGCCGCCGGCUCCAAGAUGACCGAGAGCUUGGAUGAGUCUCUAGAGGAACCGUUCUCCUUUCCCGCCCCUCCGUUCAGCAGCUAUAAGAACAAAUCCCAGAAGAGCAAGUUUGAUGAAGAGCUGCACAACGAGAUGACUACCACCAUAGAUGAGCUCAGCAGCAAGCAGUGGUCCAAGUCUGAAGAGAACGGGAGCUUAGCUCUGUGGUUUCCAAAGAAGGAUCUGGAAAAACAGGGCGUGUUUUUCUCCUCCUCUGAGUACCGAGCCCUGGACCUGCCGAUGUUCAAACACUACGUUGGCUGUGCCACCGGCAUCUUCCUCAGCGUCUUUCUCGUCCAGAUGUUUGUCACAAAGGAUCGGCAGAUGUUGGGGGCGUCGUUUGGAGUGUUGGUCUGCCUGCUGCUGCUGACCCUGGCCAUCUGUUUUGCAGGGCACUUCCAGCGCCUGUUGCCUGAGAAGCUGUCGAGGUGCCAGUGGCUGCCGGCGGUGUCCGAGGCGGUGGUGAAGCGGCCGUGUGUGCGCCUCCCUCUGGCCACCGUCACCACUGCGGCCAUCGUCGUCUUGGCGGUGUUCAACCUGUGCUUCGUCGAGACGCGUGUGCCGGAAUGUUCCGCUGUCGUGGCAAACGCUUCCCGUGAGCCGGGAUUGGACUUCAUCUACCUGCCUUACUCGGUGUACUGCUGCAUCCUGUCGCUCAUCGCAUGCGGCAUCUUCCUGCGGGUAAGCUUUGAGCUCAAAGUGCUCUUCCUCGUCCUGGCCUCCACCGUGUACUACAUCCUCAUCCUCAGCACCAAGAGGGAACUCUUUGAGUUCUACGGAAUCCUUCUCUACGCUCAGCAGUCCAACGGCAACUGCAGCAGCAUAGAAAAUCACACCGUCCUGACAUGGUUGGGGCUGAUGAAACACCCUCAGGUGAUGAGCUGCAUUUACAUCACCUUGUUCCUGGUCACCAUGCUCAUCAUCUCACAACAGAACGAGUCCUGCUUCCGCCAGGACUUCCUGCUGAAGUACAAGAACCGCACGGAGCAGGACGAGAUCGAGACCAGGGAGAACCUGAACCGCCUGCUGCUGGAGAACGUGCUGCCGGCCCACGUGGCAGCGCUGUUUGUGGGCGAGAGUAAGAAGAACGAGGACCUCUAUUAUAAGUCCUAUGACUGCGUCUGUGUGAUGUUCGCCUCCGUGCCGGAUUUCAAAGAAUUUUACACGGAGUGUGACAUCAACAAGGAGGGUCUGGAAUGCCUGAGGCUCCUGAACGAGAUCAUUGCUGACUUUGACGAGCUGCUGUCCAAACCAAAGUUCAGCGGUGUGGAGAAGAUCAAGACCAUCGGCAGCACCUACAUGGCGGCUGCAGGGCUCAGCGGGACGCCCGGUCAGGAGAACAAUCAGGACAGAGAGAGGCAGCAGGCCCAGAUUGGCAUCAUGGUGGAGUUUGCCAUCGCCCUGAUCGGGAAGCUGGACGGCAUCAACAGGCAUUCCUUCAACAGCUUCAGGCUCCGUGUGGGCAUCAAUCACGGCCCGGUGAUCGCCGGAGUGAUCGGGGCGAGGAAACCUCAGUACGACAUCUGGGGCAACACGGUGAACGUGGCCAGCCGGAUGGAGAGCACCGGGGAGCUGGGGAAGAUCCAGGUGACGGUGGAAACGUCCGACGUGCUGCAGAAGCUGGGCUACUCGUGCGAGUGUCGGGGAUUCAUCAACGUCAAAGGCAAAGGGGAGCUGAAAACCUUCUUCCUGUGCACCGACAUGAGCAAGCAGCAAGGGAUGGGUCUGAGCUGAGGCGCCCCCCCCCCCACCUCGCACCCCGGAGGUUCACGGACUCCACAAAGUGCCCGCGAGGGACCGGGCGGCCGUUUCCUGCUAAUGUGAGUGAAUGAAAUCUGCCGGCUUCGACGCUUCCUACUCCGGACCCGUUGAGCGGCUCAGGAUGGGCCCGUCGGUAGUUUUUCUCCAUACAUUCAUGUCUAGUGAUCAGUCACUUUUUUUUUUGUGUGUCCUUUAACUUUAGAUGUUUGCGAUAGAGGGAAAGAAAACAAGUGUAUUGUACUAAUGCCAAAUACAGCAUUUCUUUUUUUUAAAUAUCUCUCUGGCCCUUUAAACACAAAACGAUGGAUUCUGUUUGGAUGGGAAUUUGAAACCCAUCUGGAGACGGGAUGGACUCACUGCUCUGUUACUGUGUAAUGAGCAGGACUUAUGGGAGGCGGUACACGGGACAGACAUGAAUGCAUAUAAAAACUCCUCAUCAGUAGAAGGAGUUUCACUCUCCGGACAAAUCUUAGUUACCGGAUCUACACCUUUGCUCUUCAUGUGAUCUUUUGGGAUCCGGCGGUGUGGUGUUUGAUUUUACCUAUGUGACAAGUACACAAUGUGCCGUAUGUACGUCCUCUUGUUGGGAGGGAAUAUUCUGCUUGUCUGCAUAAGUCCUGCGAUGAGGGACAAACUGAAACUCGAUUUGUCUUGUGGCCUUACCUUUUAAAGCUGUCGCUUUGUUUGUAAUUGUGGGUAGAUAAUAAUGAUAAAUACGUAAUGGCCUUUAUGUGAACAAAUGUGACGUUGAGUUUUUGUACAGCUAUGUAAUAAAUGUUUUCCUAUGUC